UCAAGAAACUGCUGAAUUUUGAAGUUACAGCUUCAGGCGAUUCCCCCCUUGGCGUGAGCAAAGGAAGUUCAACUGAACAGCGCAAGGAUUGGAUAUGGACACCGUCGAGCAACUCGGGUUGCAGGCAUCCCGGCUGAACGCCAACAAUGAAGAGGAGGGGUCCGCUGAGGACUAUGCCCUAUGGCUUUCCUCUUUAUCGAGUUUGUUGCGGUCUGAGACUUCCGCCAAAGUGCAUUUGUGUAUGCUCCUCAAACUGCAAGAUCUCCUAAAAGACAAAGACGGCCAACCAACGCGGCUUGCAGAGGAAUACGGAUGGGAAAUAGCUCGGGAUAUAGGAUGUUUCAUCCUGCCCUCAUCUGAAGCAGUUGAUCAACCAGUUUGGACAGUGUCGAACGUACCGGAGGAUAACGUUGAUGAAGUCCUAUUGCUCUGCUCGAACACCGCCCAGCAGAUCUUGAAAGUGGUGGGGGAGAGUUCCUCGCCGCGCGAACUGGCGCUCUUCAGCAUAGAAUACCUGUGGGAGACGUUAAGGGAUGGUGAAGAGUUUGCUAAGAUGGCUGCUAUAAUAAAGGCCUACUCUGAUCUGUGGGUAACUGCGCUCGAGAGAAGAAAGUCGAAGAAGCUGGCCAUGGAAUUGGAGACCGCCUAUCUUACCCUAAUCAGCACUUUCCGGGCAGCAUCUGAAUUAGAACAAUCGGGAGUGCAGUACAUUAAUGGCCAUUUGGAGGUCGUCGAGCGACUGGUCCGGCUCGCAGAUAGUAACAACAUUGGCGACGACGAAGGCCGCCACCGACGACACGCUCUUAUCUGCCUCUUACUUCAGCUCUUUGCAGUCUGUCUGGGCCGACUUCCCAAUACAAGCGACUCGGAAGCGCUUAUCAAUCGUGCGCUGGCGCUCAUCCCGUCGCUGAACAUCGACAUCGCGGAGGUGCUGCAGAGUGAGACGUACUUCCCCGACAGAGACUUGGGACCGGAAAUACUCGAAAGUACCUUUCCAUCGCAGCUUGGCUGUUCUAUUAUGGUCGCCGCGUUGAUUGCAAAGCGGAAGGGUGGAACCCAAGAUGGCCGAACACCUGAGCUCGGGAUCAAAGGAGUGGACUUACUGAAAGCCUUCAGACCCCACAUUGAAAGCCUGCUGCAAGCAAACAUGGGCGUGCGUGGCUUGGCCCUAUUCGAGAUCGCCAUGGAGGAUGUCCCACGGGAAACAGUAUUCUACGCGGACGAUAACGACGAUGGAGCGCUGCGGGGUUGGCGUAUCUUCAUUCAGACGAUCAUCACUUUUAUGGUCGGCACCCCCGAUCAGGCACUCCGACCCAAAUGCUUCGCGCUGUUCAAAUCUUUCAUGUGGUGCUUUAACGAGACGGCUCGGUUUCAGAUUCUCAUUGAAAUGAUCGUGGAUGCGCCGAUGGCGAAUAUACAGGUCGCCGCCCUUUCGGUAUUGAAGGACAAUGUGCAUGAGGCUUGGAAUCGAGCUGGAUCGCAAAAGGUCUCCGUAUUCUCUGGCCGAGCGCUUAGACAGACGUUCCUCUCGGUCCUCCUCGAUCCCUCUGGACCGCUGUACACGACUAUCCCCACCUCCGACACCAUUGACCACAGCUCCGACACCAUCUUCGAUAACGAAGAGUCAUUUGUGGAGCGCUUUGCAGGACUCAUGCAUGUUCUGAAUCUUUAUCUUUACAUCCUAUUGCGGGAUGCGCCUGCUGCCAAUGUGACUGGAGUCUGGGACGGAGAUCAUCUGAUCACAACAUCAAAUCGGUUCAUCCAACCUUUGCAAAAGAGGAUCAAUGCACUUUUGGACGUCCUGGAUGCUAGGACCGAAGGACUAGGUGACUUGGACGAAGAUGAGCAACAGGCCGUUCAAGUUGAAAGGUUACACCUCGGCACAAUGGGCAUGGUGCUGAGCCAAAUCACAGAUCGCAUUCAGCAAGGAGUUGCUGUGGGUAUCCGCUGAGUAGGUAGCACACUUUUGGCGUAUUGAACGAAGUUGUUUACUUCACCAUAGCUUCAUGGCCAUUAGAAUUGUUUUGAUUGCUAAAUAAAAUAUGUACAUUUUGGG